AUGACUCAAUCCAAACAAGCACACAUCGUAGCAAUUUUCACUCCCAAGCCUGACAAAGUCGAAAGGGUCGGCCAACUCCUCGAGAACCAAUGCCGCUCCGUCCACGCCAAAGAGCCGUACUGUCUCCGCUUCGUCAUGACUCAACGCACAAACCUCGAGGACAAUCAAGUUGAAUUUGUGCUUAUUGAGACGUAUGAGGAUCGCGAUAGUAUUGAUCGCCAUACGCAGGAGGAUCAUUUCAAGGAGAUGAGCAAGGCUUUCAGUGAAGAGGAUGGAGGCUUGUUGGCGAAGAAGCCGUAUAUUGCUUUCACUAGGAGUGUGGCAGGGUUUGAGUUUGGAAGGGAGUUGAUUAAGUAA